CAGAUCCCACCUCGGUAGCUUGCUGCUAUCCGUCAUUGCCGAAACUUUCUAAGCUUUUUAGACUAUUUCGGUAUACUAGUCGCUGUGUGUUUUAAAUACACUUUUGUCAUAUCUAGUAGUUACCUCGUGAUUUCAUAUGUUCAUAUUAAUCAGCAAGCUGGCAGACACCUAUCGGUUAUCUUCAAACUAGAUUAGCACUAGCCUAGUUGCUAAUGAUAGCUAGCUAGUUAGCUAACAUCCCCGACCAUGAGCUCACUGAGCUACUUCCCCCCCUUGUUAAAGAAGAGGAUGUCUACUGGACAGAGAGACGCUCUCGUGAAAAAGGAGAAGGAAGAGCAGGCUGUCACAGUAAAAACAUUUUUUGAAGAAUUUACAAUGAAAGAAGAGGAAGAAGCUUUCAGAGUGAAAGAGGAGGAAGAGAAUGAGGAGGAGGGUGAGAUGACUGUCUCAUUGAAAGAAGAGGAGGAGGGUGACAAAGAGGAGACUGGAGAUCUUAACACCAGAGAGAGACCAGACUCUCGCUCUGAGAGUGGGAAGAGUCCUUCAGAGGAACCAGACGUAAAGAAGCCCAAACCAGCCAAACCACAUCAAUGCUCCCACUGCGGAAAUAGUUUUACUUGUUUAGUGGACCUGAAAAAGCAUAAGAGUAUACACACAGGAGAAAAGCUUUACCACUGCUCUCAGUGUGGAAAGAGGUUUUCAACAUCACAGUCAUUACAAUUGCACCAGAGAGUACACACAGGUGCAAAACCUUACCACUGCUCUGACUGUGGGAUGAAGUUUGCGCUGUCAGACUUGAAUGGUGCAGAGAUGAAUGCUUUUUGCACAAUUCUUGCGGCACUCACCAUGAUCUCUUGUGUGUUGGGGGACAAUUCCGGACAGUACUCCUAUGGCUCUGAUAUCACAGAGGCAGCCAACUUUGCCAUUGCCUUCCAUAAUCGCAUGAACAAAUAUGCUUUUGCAUACAAGGUCGUCGACAUUCUAUCUGCCACACCACAGAUUUACCCUCCUGCUCGGGUGAAGCACACCAUGACUGUCAAAGUGGGACAGACUGUGUGUAAGAAUGAAGCCAAUGUAAACUUGGCUGAUUGCAGCCUGCAGAAUUCUCUGGAUCUCAAGACAAUGAUCUGCCAUUUUGUCGUGCUUGAGGUCCCACAUUCUGCCUUUCCAACUCCAAGCUACCUUCUGGUGGACCAGUGUAAUUGACAUGGACUUGGAAUUUCAGUUUGUCAAAGCAUUCUGGAAUGAACUAACCCUGCUGCUGCAUCACCAUACAUCUACAAUUCUUUAAAAGCAUUUUAUUGUCAACACAAACACAAUAUUUGAAGCUUGACAUUUAAACUUUGAUUCACAGUCUUUGAACUCCACAGUCAAGUUCUACUGAUUAAUUAAGAGGUUAAUAAAUUACUUUAAAAAGGGA